CAACAAUUGGAAAAAAAAGAGGAGGAAUCAUAGACAACAUAGUAAUCAAGAAUAAUACUAGUACAUCUACUGCUCUCCUGCCUAAACAACCAUCAUUUGAACAAACGCUCCACCCACAACCAUCAUCUUCAUCACCCUUUUCUUCAUUUCCUUGCUUUCUACUGCUGUUCUUGCUGGGUGCUUGUGUGUUUUUAGAUUUUGGGAUGAAUGGUUUGGUGGGCUGUUCUUGUUUGAGCUAUUGACAAAGUGGGCUCUCUCUCUCUCUCUCUCUUUUUGUGUAUGUGGUUGUUUUCUUGUUUGUUUAGUGGAUAAUGGGGAAUUGCUGGUGUGGGUGGGAACCUUCAGGACACAGAGUUUCUUCCAAUGUAAAGUCAGAAUCUCCAAAGGAUCAAAGUCCGUCAGAAAAAAUGAGGAAGGAUAUCAGGAAACUACCAUCAAAUCCCGAAGAAGUUGAGGACCUGCGUCGUUGUAUGGCAGCCAAUCCACUAACUGUUUUUUCAUUUCACGAGCUAAAGACUAUGACCGGAAAUUUCAGACAAGACUACAUGUUAGGGGGAGGAGGAUUCGGAAAUGUCUAUAAAGGGUACAUUUCUGAAGAUUUAAAAGGAAUUGAGCCGAUCCCUGUUGCAGUUAAGGUUCAUGAUGGAGACAACAGUCAUCAAGGUCAUAGGGAAUGGCUGGCCGAGGUAAUCUUUUUGGGGCAGCUUUCUCAUCCAAAUCUUGUGAAGUUGAUUGGAUACUGCUGUGAAGAUGAGCACCGAGUUCUGAUAUACGAGUACAUGUCUCGGGGUAGUGUUGAAAACAAUCUAUUUUCAAAAGUGCUGCUGCCUCUUCCUUGGUCUACUAGAAUGAAGAUAGCAUUUGGUGCAGCAAAGGGACUUGCCUUCCUUCAUGAGGCAAAGAAACCUGUCAUCUACCGUGAUUUUAAGACAUCUAACAUUCUACUGGACCAGGAAUAUAAUGCAAAACUCUCAGAUUUUGGCCUAGCUAAAGAUGGUCCAGAAGGAGACAAAUCACAUGUUUCCACCCGUAUAAUGGGAACAUACGGCUAUGCGGCACCAGAAUACAUAAUGACAGGCCACCUAACUCCCAGGAGCGACGUGUACAGCUUUGGAGUCGUUCUCCUCGAGCUUCUGACGGGGAGAAAAUCAUUGGACAAAUCAAGACCAGCCCGAGAGCAGAAUCUUACAGACUGGGCUAUCCCAUUGCUGAAGGAAAAGAAGAAGUUGGCUAACAUUGUGGAUCCAAGACUAGGAGGAGAGUACCCCAUGAAGGGUGUCCAAAAAGCAGCCAUGCUUGCGUUUCAUUGUCUGAACCGAAAUCCAAAAGCAAGGCCUCUAAUGAGAGACAUUGUUGAUUCCUUGGAACCUCUGCAGGCUCCUUACGAUGUUUCAAGUGAUAUGUCCUCCACUUUAAUUGUUUGUAGUGAGAGCUCUAAAUGAACAUCUUCACAACUCACCCAGUUGGGAUGUCUUGUAAAUGCUACACUUUAACAGUGGCAAGUUAGCCUCAUGAGAAUGUAAGAUGCUUGUAACUUUAUCUUUAUAUGUUUUUUUAUAAUAA